UGCCGCACAGCGCACAACGCAAAAGACAAAGACAGAACAGACGGAAGCAAAUAACUGUAGUAAACAAACUUCCCAUCUUUUUUAGUGAUAGAAAUGAUUCACAAACUCAGGAAUGACAGCACCAAUUUGCGACGCGGGGGCUGUCAGUAAGAGUCGUUGCAACAGGAGAUUAUGCAUUAUUAUUUUCUAAGAGAUUUUAUGUGAUUUUUUUCAACUUCAACAGAAGUCAAAAGCUGCAAAUUACUCAUUGUAACAUUAACAUUGACUUUGAUUUGAUGACAGAGGGUCCAAAGAGAUUUAAGAUGUUUGCCUCAUACCAGCUCUUGAUCUCUUGUUUUUUGUGAAGAGGAAAAUCUCACGUUACGACGAGAUGACCGGCUUAGAAAAAUUUCAGAUUUUCUUCGAACUUGUCCCGCCCAUUUUUUACGGUGGACAAACCUUGAAUGCCAAAGUCGUGGUUGUCAACAGCAAGCCCAUACAAAUGAAAGCUUUUUAUAUCAGGGUCAAAGGUAGGUGCAAAAUGAGAUCGCAAAGUUGGAGGCUGGAGAGUUCAGAAGUGGACAGUUUGAUACCCAACUUCAGAAACGCACCUUCGAACAAUGACAGGAGGAAUCUUAAAGGUUACAAUGACUCUGAAGACUACAUUAACGACCAAUUUGCUAUUUUUGGAUGGGGCAACGACGGAACUCUAGAGCCUGGCGAGUACUCCUUUCCCUUCACCUACACCCUGCCGAUGAAUCUACCUUCAUCUUUUGAGACAAAAUUCGGCUGCAUCAGGUACACUCUGAUGGCCGAGAUGCACCAACCUUGGACAGUGGUCAACCACAAGGCCAGAGCGUUCUUUGCCAUCAUCUGCCCCUUGGACUUGAACUCUUUUCCUCAAUUGACAGAUCCCGUGACAAAGGAAAUUGCCAAGAAGCUUUGCUGUUUGUGUUGUGCCUCUGGUCCUAUCAACAUUAUUCUCUCCCUCCCUGUCGGGGGUGCAGUCCCCGGAGAAACCAUUUUGCCUACUUUGGAAGUGGAAAACAACUCCGGAGUCGACCUCAUCUUUAUCUCACUCAGAUUAACACAAGUACCCUGCUUUCGUCCAUCAUCUGUUACAAAACAUUUGGAAUAUAAAACGUACAUUGUUGAGCAUCCAUUGGGGCGUCUGGAGUCUGGACAGUAUUGCACGUACGAAAGGGUGGCCCUGCGGAUUCCUCCUGUGCCGCCCUCUUACUUGCUGCACUGCAAACUCUUUGACCUGGAUUAUUUUGUUGAGAUCAUCUACGAGUCAGCCAAAAAGUACAUCCCCAGAGGUAGAAUGAAGUACUACCUACCCUUCUGGAAUCCACGACUUGAAGCCAUCCGCCUCAAACGUAACUCAGCAAGGAAAGCAGUGGAAAAAACAAAUACUAGUCAACUUAGAGAAGAGCUCAAGCAGCUGCAAACUGAUCUAACUGCAGCAAUCACUGAAGAAAAGGACAAGAAGUACAGAGAAUUUCUGAGUAACCUAGACUACAGAAAAGAUGCCUCCAAAGUGCAUACAUUCUUCUCCCAACUAUGUGGCAAAAAAUCAAGUAGCGCAGAAGAUAAUACACCCCUCGAGUACAAAGGGAAAUCUGCUGUCACGAACAAGGAGAAGGCUGAAAUCCUCUGUCGUUAUUUCAAGUCCGUCAGCACCCCUCUAAGGAAAAAGAAGAAAAAGCUCCCUAAAAUUAAAUACCAACAUCAACCCAAUGACUUUUAUAAUCGACCCUUCAAUAGUGAAGAACUUAACUACGCUAUCAACAAGCUGGAUAAUAAAAAAGCUCCUGGACCAGAUGGAAUCCAUGUAGAAUUCAUCAAGCACCUCGGUCCUAUUGCCAGAGGACAUGUCCUCAACCUGGUCAACGCCUCAUGGAAUUGCCAAGUCCCCACCAGCUGGAAAGAAGCCCUCAUCACACCUAUCCUGAAACCAGAAAAAGAUCCGAACAACCCUAAAAGUUACAGACCCAUCGCCCUCACCAAUACUUUUGCCAAGGUAGCGGAAAAAAUGGUCAAUCUCCGGCUGGAAAACUUCCUUGAAAGCAGCAAAAUAAUAGCAGACGAACAAGCUGGCUAUCGAGAACACCGGGGCACCCUCGACCAAGUCGCCUACGUCGCCCAGGACAUCAAGCAGGGCUUCAGUGAAGGCAAAAGUACCCUAGCCGCCUCCAUUGAUCUCUCAGGCGCCUUUGACUCUACGGACCGCCGCUUUGCAAUUAAACAAAUGCUGAACUACAAAGUCCCCAACAAUAUAGUAAGAUGGCUGCACGACUUCAUAAACGGAAGAAGCAUCAAAGUCAUCCACAAAGGACACAGAAGCAGGACUAGAAAAACAGCAGCAGGCGUAGCACAAGGCACCAUCACGGCACCAACCACCUUUAAAAUCGCCAUUAAUGAAUUAAUUUUCGUUCUCAAGACAAUCCAAGGGCUGAAAAUUAAGGUCUACGCCGAUGACUUUAUUCUCCUCCUCACAAGUAAAUGCCCUGCAAAUAUGGAGCUAAAAAUGUCUCUCGCCCUUCGUAUUGCCAACUCAUGGCUUAACGUUAGAGGCUUCAAGAUCAAUGAGACGAAAACCUUCUGCACCUACUACACAAUGACUCUCUGCAAGUACUACUUCAACAUCAAAGUGAACGACAAAAAAAUCCAACAAACUGACCAGAUGAAGUAUCUCGGAGUGCAAAUGGACAGUAAAAUGACCGGAAGGCAGCACUUCGAAGAACAAGCAGAGAAAGGCAGAAAAAGGCUCAGGCUCCUACAACGUACCGCAGGAUCCAGCUGGGGCGCUAAAAUUGACACCCUCGCCCUCACCUAUAAAACCUACGUCCGCCCAGUGCUGGAGUAUGGAACUGAAAUCUUCCCAGCAGCAUCACAACCAAUCAGUAGUCUCCUUGAUAAAGUUCAAAACCAGGCUCUUCGUCUGAUCACAGGCGGUGUCAAAACAACACCCAUUGAUGCCAUGGAAUGGUUUAGCCAGAUUGAACCUUUGCGACUCCGACGAGAACAGAGAGCUAUUCAGUUACAUGAGAAGCUUCUCCGACUUGAUUCCGAGUUCUGGCAAAACCACAACAACUCAAAGAAACCUGCCCACGCGAACUUUGUAGAAAUCACCACCAAACUCAAAGAGAAACACUGCCCUGACCUUCUCCAUGCACAGCGACAAAACUUCGAAACACCUUCACCAUUUAACAUGCCGGACGUUUCCAACCAACUUGAGCCAGCACUUCAAAUAGAAGGAGUAGAAAAGAAGAGCAAUCUGCAAGUGACUGAACUCCAAAAGAAAACGGACGCGCACCUGAAGAGUAAUUUUCCUCUUUCUGAGUGGAUUCAUAUUUACACAGAUGGCUCACAAGACAACUCGACGCAAAGAGCAGGCUACGGUGUAUACUGCAUCUUCUUCGAGGAGUCCACCCCUCUGCCUGAAGGUGCUAAUCACUUCGACGCUGAGACAGCAGCUAUUGCACGAGCAGCACAAAAAGUAGCCGAACAAGAUCGGUUUCCACUAAACAAGAAAAAAUUUGUCAUCCUCAGCGACAGCACGUCCGCAAUCCAAUUUGUAUGUCAACCUGCAAACCUACAUCCGGAUUCGCUCCUUUUUAAAAACUCCCUAGUAAGACUACGAAAAAAGAACCAUGAACUGGCCCUACAAUGGAUCCCUAGCCACUGCCAAAUCCUAGGGAAUGAUAAAGCUGACUUUCUUGCGAAGGCCGCAACCAAAAAAAUCUCACAAUUAACAAAGGCCCUCACCUUCAACAACGUCAAGAAAAUAAUUAAAACAGCUACAAAAAAAAUUUUCAAAGAAAGCAAAGAGGAAGCUGCCCGACUAAAAAUCUGGUGGACAGAGAUAAAGAAGGGCCCCGAUAAGUCCUGGUCAAGGAAGACCGCGACCGCUCAGUUUCGGCUGGCCACUGGCCAUGAUGUCCUGCAGCACCACCUCAAUAGAUUCAAGAUCACAAAGGACUCGGCAACCUGCAAACUUUGUAAAUUAGAAAAUCAAGACAGAGCGCACCUCUUCAGAUGCGCCGCUCUCAAGAGUGAUAUCGACUCCCUACCAAAGGAUCUGAGUAGGACAGAAAAAGAAGCCAUUCUAUACUGGAUAGCAAGAAAAAGAAAUAGCUGAAGAAGCUCAUCUCUGCAUAAGAAAAAAAAAAAAAAAAAAUUCUCUGUUGGGUUUUUUAAA